CUUGUUUCCCUUUUACCCACUUUCUUCAUCUUUACCCUUUUUUUUUUUUUAAUAUAUAUACACACACUUUUUAUUACAAUCAUGAGAGAAAUCAUUCACGUUCAAGCUGGUCAAUGUGGUAAUCAAAUUGGUCAAAAAUUCUGGGAAACUAUUUCACAAGAACAUGGUUUAGACUCCACUGGUGCUUAUAGUGGUGAUAACGAUCUUCAAUUGGAACGUAUCAAUGUUUAUUACAAUGAAGGUUCUGCUGGUAAAUAUGUUCCUAGAGCUGUCCUUGUUGAUCUUGAACCUGCUACCAUGGAUGCUGUUCGUUCCAGUCCUUAUGGUCAACUUUUCCGUCCUGAUAACUUUGUCUAUGGUCAAUCUGGUGCUGGUAACUCUUGGGCUCGUGGUUACUACACCGAAGGUGCUGAAUUGGUUGAUUCUAUUUUGGAUAUUGUACGAAAGGAAGCUGAACACACUGAUUGUUUGCAAGGUUUCCAAUUGGCUCACUCUCUUGGUGGUGGUACCGGUUCUGGUCUUGGUUCAUUGUUGUUAUCUAAGAUUCGUGAAGAAUAUCCUGAUCGUAUGUUGUGUACCUAUUCUGUUGUUCCUUCUCCCAAGGUGUCUGAUACUGUGGUUGAACCUUACAAUGCUGUUUUGUCUGUUCAUCAAUUGGUUGAAAACUGUGACGCUACCUUCUGUAUUGAUAACGAAGCUCUUUAUGAUAUCUGUUUCCGUACUCUCAAAUUAUCCAACCCUGGUUAUGGUGAAUUGAAUCAAUUGGUCUCUGCUGUCAUGUCUGGUGUUUCCACUUCUUUACGUUUCCCUGGUCAAUUGAACUCUGAUUUACGUAAACUUUUCGUUAACAUGGUUCCCUUCCCUCGUCUUCAUUUCUUCAUGGUUGGUUUUGCUCCUUUGACUGCUUUCAACUCUCAACAAUACCGUAACCUCAGUGUACCUGAGUUGACUGCUCAAAUGUUUGAUGCCAAGAACAUGAUGGCUGCUUCUGAUCCUCGUCAUGGUCGUUAUCUCACUGCUGCUACCAUCUUCCGUGGUCGUCUCUCUACCAAGGAAGUUGAAAACCAAAUGUUGGCUGUGCAACAAAAGAAUUCUUCUUACUUUGUUGAAUGGAUUCCUAAUGGUGUCAAGACCUCCUUGUGUGACAUUCCUCCUGUUGGUUUGAAGAUGAGUGGUACUUUCAUCGGUAACAGCACUGCUAUUCAAGAACUUUUCAAGCGUGUCAACGAUCAAUUCACUGCUAUGUUUAGACGAAAGGCUUUCUUGCAUUGGUUCACUGGUGAAGGUAUGGAUGAAAUGGAAUUCACUGAAAGUGAAAGUAACAUGCACGAUCUUGUCUCCGAAUAUCAACAAUACCAGGAUGCUACUGCCGAUGAUGAUUAUCUCGAAGAUGAAGAUUAUCUUGAAGAAGAAGAAGUGUUGGAAGAAGAAUAAAACAGCAACAACAGCAACAAAACAAUUUUAUACUAGUGUCUCUCUCUUUUUUUUUUCUUUCUUUUUCUCAAAUUUUUUAAUAAAAACUAUUAUAAUUACUAUGCUAUUCUUUUUAUCUUUUUCUCUGUAUCUUAUAUUCUUGUUUGUUGUCAUAAAGUUGAAUAAGUACUCAUAUGGAUUUAGGCUUAUCAAUG